AUGGCGGAGCAGUGGGAUCUGGACGAGGAGGGCGUCCGCCGCCUGGGGGCGCUGACCCUGGAGCAGCCAGAACUGGUGGAGUCUCUUUCAUUGCAGGGAUCUUAUGCUGGAAAAAUCCAUUCCAUUGGUGAUGCCUUCAGAAACUUUAAAAAUCUCAGAUCCUUAGAUUUAUCAAGGAAUUUGAUCACUAGCCUGAAGGGCAUCCAGUACUUAUGUUCACUCCAAGACCUGAAUUUAUAUUAUAACAACAUUCCUUCAUUAAUGGAGGUGUCCCGCCUACAGCCUUUACCCUUCCUCAAAGAAUUAGAUUUGAGACUCAAUCCUGUUGUCAGAAAAGAUACAGAUUAUAGGCUCUUUGCGGUGUACACGCUACAAACACUGGAGAAACUGGAUGACCGAAAUGUACGGGAAAGCGAGAGAAAAGCUGCCAAGCUCCAUUUCAGUCAGUUGGGCAACAGUGAAAAUUUUCUUUUAGAAGUGGAGAAAAGCUCUAGGGAGAAGACAAUUAAAAACUGUGUGACAGAUGAGAGAUCUGUAUCAAAAAUCACGGCUGAGGUUGAAAACAGGAUUGAAAGUGACUCAAACAAAGGACUUUUUAUUCCCUUCUCCAACCGGGAAAUAAAGGAUUCCCUAAUGAGUACUUCUGCAACCCAGGGCAACAGUACACCAGAUCAGAAGUUAGAUACUUUCCCACUGGGGACACAGAUGCAGGAAGCAGCAAGAAGGGAGAUGUCAAGUGACAAUCACCAGGAAGAUGAAUUCAGAUGCUACUCACCUCAUCAGUCCAGAGUCCGAUCCCCAGAGAAGAUGGCUAGAGAAGGGUACCGGGUAUCUUUUCUGGACAAUAAGUCUUCAGGUGCUUCUCCGGAAAAGGACUUGAUGCCAAAACCUGAUACUUAUCAGAUUACUCACGAUGCCUCAUUGGGUAAACGCCUGGAUGUGGGAGACUCUAGCCAGAUCCAUCCCUAUCAGUUACCUUCAGAUGUUGGUCUGGAAAAUUAUGACAGCCAUUAUCCUCCAACUCUUUCCCUCCAUGGAAGUCUUGGUAAAAGGCCUCAGAGAAGCAAUAGCAUAAAGCCUUCAAAUGACAUGAAAGCCACCGCAUCCCAUUCCUUUGGAGACAUUCUGACUUCUCUGUCUAACCCUGACUCUAGCACCAGAAGGCUUUUGAAACUUAGUUCAGAUCUGUACGCCACAACCCAUUUCAACAGUGACCCUGCCCUGCUGGUCAGUGUAGAGCAGCAGUUAACCACCAGCCUUGGUGAUUUAACACCAGCACAUGGUUCUUUGCCACACAACUCAGUCCUGGGAAACUCUCUGCGGACACUACGGUUGCCUUCUGGGACAUCAGAAGACAGAGAGAUUCUGACCAAGGCAUCAUUAAGCCCAUCAAAGAGAGGAUUCAAACGGAAGGAUAAUAUCCUCGCUACUCUGAACCCAAAGCAUGGUUUUAGAGAUACUACAGGCAGCGAGCCUCUCUCUAGUAACCUGGGUAGUUUGCAUGGUUUGCCAGGAAACCACAGUCCCCCGAUCUCUGCCAGAACCUCCCAUGUGGCCACUGUCCUCCGACAGCUCCUGGAGCUUGUGGAUAAACACUGGACCGGCUCUGGCUCCCUCCUUCUCAACAAGAAGUUCCUCGGUCCUGCCCGAGACUUGCUCCUGAGCUUGGUGGUCCCCGCUCCUUCUCAGCAGUGGUGUCGCUCACACCCUGAAGACACUUCGAAAACCUUCCACAAGCGGGAGAUGGAACUGAAGGAGGCUGGGCAGCUGGUCCCUGAUGACAUGGAAAGUUUGAAGCAAAAACUGGUCAGGGUGCUGGAAGAAAACCUCGUUUUGUCAGAAAAAAUUCAGCAGUUGGAGGAAGGUGCUGUCCCCUUGACUGUGAGUGGGCACCAGUCCCAUGCUUAUGAUGAUCUGCUGCGCAAAAACCAACAGCUGAACAUGCAAGUGGCCUGCCUGAACCAGGAGCUGGCCCAGCUGAAAAGGCUGGAGGAGACAGUGGCCCUUCUCCAUGAAAGUCAGAGAUCCCUGGUGGUAACUAAUGAGUAUCUGCUGCAGCAGCUGAAUAAAGAGCAAAAAGUUUAUUCUGGGAAAGCACUCCUGCCUCCUGAGAAGAAUCAUCAUUUGGGGAGAUCAUCACCCUUUGGGAAAAGCACACUGUCUUCCUCAUCACCAGCGGCACAUGACACCAGUCAGUAUCUAAUUCAGAAUGUCUCAGAUGCUGUCCCAGAGCCUAGUUUAUGGAGCUAGCAUUGAACACCUUCACCACAGCUUCCCUCCCAUUGAUGGAGGGUUCUCAGGACCACUGCCACCAGCACGGUGGUGUUUACCCACAAAGAUGAAGAAAAAAACGUACUCUGGUUACACUGUGUUGCUUUUCCUUUUUAUUUCUCCUUUUAUCUCCUCCCAUCAAGUCGUUCUUUCCUUCUGCCCACAGAAACAGUUGGAAGUUGGUUCUAGGCAUUGUACCACAUAAAAACAUUUGGCUGAAAAUCUUGAAAAUGGAAAAACACUAGACAUUUUUCCUCAGAGUCAGGUGAAACUGUGUGGUAGAAAGUUAAGAAAGAACAUCUGAGGUCAGGUGUCUUUCGUGUUAGAAGAAUAAUGUUAGGGAAACCACAUUUAUUCAUCAAAGAUGUUCUGAGUUUCCUCACACCAUAGUGAAAAGGUGACAAGGUCUGGUAUCUGCCCUGGAGCAGCCAACAAUUUAGAGAAAAAAGCAAAAAUUCACAUGAUGGAGCUCAAAGCUUAGAAUUGGUACCAAACAGGCCUAAACAAAAUCCUAAAGAUGCCCCAAAGAGGGAGAGAGGGUGAGUAAUUUCCUGCUUUGGGGAACUGGAGAUAGCUUCAAUGGGGACUUGAGUGGAGGCUUGCAGAAUGAGUU